CUUCUUCUGGCAUUUUCAUGUAUUUUACUUUUAUUGCGUUACCUCAAAUUCUAUAGACCACGAAAGCCAAGAGAUAUCAAGAACAAAAACUGGUGUGUGUAGAGCAAAGCAGACGCUGAAACUAGGGUUUUCGACAGCGAGAUGACUAGUUUAAGGAGCACAGAGCAUGACAAAUAUGCUACGAUUAACUUUGAAGAGACUGAAUUGCGUCUAGGGUUACCUGGAGGCAAUGCAGUUGAAGGUGAGGUUGCUAAGGGUAAUGGGAAGAGAGGAUUCUCAGAGACUCUAGUGGAUUUGAAGCUUAAUCUUUCCACCAAAGAGUCAGCAGGGAAUGAUAUUGGGGAGGAGAAGAUGAAGGAGAAAGCUGAUGUUCUUCCUUCCUCUGCUGAUCCGACAAAGCCUCCAGCCAAGGCACAAGUCGUGGGUUGGCCACCAAUUCGAUCAUUCCGAAAGAAUGUCAUGUCUGUACAGAAAAACAGCAAUGAAGAUGGAGAAAAGGCGGCUGCCGGGGGUAGCAGCAGUGGCGGUGGUGUAGCAUUUGUGAAGGUGAGCAUGGAUGGAGCGCCAUACUUACGAAAAGUGGACUUGAAAUUGUACAAGAGCUACCAAGAACUCUCUGAUGCCUUAGGCAAAAUGUUCAGAUCCUUUACCAUUGGCAACUGUGGAUCGCAAGGAGUGAAAGAUUUCAUGAACGAGAGCAAAUUGAUAGACCUAUUGAAUGGUUCUGAGUACGUCCCAACUUAUGAAGACAAAGAUGGAGACUGGAUGCUUGUAGGAGAUGUGCCAUGGGAAAUGUUCGUGGAUUCAUGUAAACGAUUAAGGAUAAUGAAGGGGUCAGAGGCAAUCGGACUUGCUCCUAGAGCUGUGGAGAAGUGCAAGAACAGGAGCUGAAGGCUGAAGAAGAAAUGGAUCAAAGGAAAGCAGAUCCGCUCAAGAGGAAUGGAGCUCCUAGUUUGGAUGUUUUGUAUCAUGGUUUCUUGUUCUUCUUCUUUUAUUUUUAAUUUUUUUUUAAUUUUUAUUCGGGGAUUUGUUAGAGACAUGGAGUAAUAAUAAUAUAUAUAGGAGAUGUUUACAAGACUUUUUAAA